GUCCUACACAGAGGAAAAAUCUACGUGCCUCAGGACGAACAACUACGCCGAGACAUCAUCAAGUUAAAUCACGAUAAUCUAGCCGCAGGACACCCAGGACAAAGAGGAACACUAGCAGCAGUAGGGCAAGAAUUCACCUGGCCCGGAAUAUCGAACACGAUCCACCAAUACGUGGAAGGAUGUGCAACCUGCCAAUCUACCAAGAACGACACGCAUCCG